AUGUCGCUCUUCUUUGCAGACAAUACAGGGCUAGAAGAUAAUCCACUUACAUCGUCAAGUGCGGAGGUAUGGGGUGGGACGGCGCCAUCCACGGAGCCAGCCCUGCCAAGUGCGGGCUUGUCACAGCCACAAAGCAUCUUGAAUGAUGAUGACGACAUUGAUGAAGAGCACCCAUGGGGUCGUCCCCUGGAACUGCCAACAAGCACGGCGAAGCAAGAGUCGCACGCGAAUGCGUGGGACACCGCCACGGAUAUGAUGAGUGAUGAGAGUGCUAUUCGUGGCGGCUUUGUUCACGACGCUGUAAACUCACAUGCUGAAACAUCCGAACACCGAGAGAUGGUCACAAGGACCAAUAUCCCGGCGUUUAAGUUGCGAUACUCCUCUGUCUGGCGAAGAUACUCAGACUUUGACUAUUUCCGCGAACUGCUCGAGCGUGAGUCAACGCGAGUUAAUAUUCCACCUUUGCCGGGCAAGGUGUUUACGAACCGAUUCUCUGAAGAGGUCAUAGAGCACCGCCGUGAAGGACUCGAACGCUUUUUGCAGAUCGUGGCGGGACACCCGUUGCUACAAACAGGCAGCAAGCACCUCGCUGCCUUCCUACAAGAUAGUCACUGGAAACGUCCAUAA